GUUCGUCAAAUCCGCAAGUCCGCCAUUUUGGCAGUGUGGGAAAUGCGUUUGUCCGUUGGGACGUGUGAAGCGGGGUUGCGUAUUAGCGGAUUGAUAGCGGAUAAGAAAUACAAGUGAAACACAAUUGUGAGCACCGUGAAAAUUGUGUGCAAAUAGUGGUAACUCUGGGAAGCUUAUGCUGUUGAGGAGGAUUGUGUGACGGAAGUGAGGGGAUUGGAGGGCUGUUCCAGACGGUCCGUCUGAGCGUGUUCGUUGGUCGCCGGACUUUCCAAGAAUAUUCUUUUUGAGAUCAUCUUUUGAGUGCACUUCUCCAUUGGGUGCGGCGGUGCCUCGGCGGGCGCCGUCAUGUCUGUGUUCUACAAGUUCGCCUCGUCCACGGACAUCAGCACGGUCGUCUUUGACGGCGUGCACAUCUCCGUGGGAGACCUCAAACAUGCCAUCAUGGAGCAGAAGAAGCUCGGCCGCGGCACCGACUUUGACCUGAUCGUCACCAACGCCCAGACCAAUGAAGAGUACAAGAAGAACGACACGCUGAUCCCUAAGAACACCUCUCUGGUGGUAAAGCGUGUUCCGGCCACCAAUGGAGCACCUGUCAAAAAGUUCUGGGAUCCAAACGCCAACAAGACGCCCACCAUUUCGGCGUCGUUCGCUGCUGCCGUGCUGCCGCCACAGAUGCCCAGCAGUGACGCGGUCUCCGGCUCGGCUGUGUUCUCGGGGAGUGAUCUCACCAAGAUUGGCGGCUCAGAGGAGGACAAGAUCAAGCACAUGAUGAGUCAGUCGACCAGCCAGUACGACCCUUCCAGAUACGUCAAGUACAAGGGCGCCCAUUUGCUGACGCCGGCGCCCUCCAGCCACAAGUGCUACCGCUGCUUCAACUUCGGCCACUACGCACAAAACUGUCCGCUCGCGGCGGCGGAGGUCAAGAAGGCCACCGGCAUCCCGCGCAGUUUCAUGGUGCCCGUCAACGACCCCAAGAUGCCGGGCGCCAUGAUAGCGCCCGACGGCAGUCUGGCUGUACACAGGGUCGACUACUCCACGUACAAGGAUAAACAGCAGGGUCGGAUGGACACGCCGCCUCCGAGCACGCGUCCCCAGGUGCCCGACGACCUCUGCUGCAAGGUCUGCAAGGACCUGAUCCGCGAGGCCGUCAUGUCGCCGUGCUGCGGCGAAAACUUCUGCGACGAAUGUCUGCGCACGGCGCUGGUCGAGUCGGAGAACAGCGAAUGCCCCGAGUGCCACCAGACGGACGUCUCGCCGGAUAACAUCAUCCCCAACAGAUUCAUCCGGAAACGCGUCGUCAAGUUCGAAAAGGAGACUGACUACUGGGAGGUGGCGGCCCGGGAGCGGGAGGCGGCCGCCGCGGUCGCCGCCGCCUUCCAGACGCCGCCAAAAGAGCCGAUUCAGGCGUCGCCGGUGAGACAGUCUCAGCCGCGCUCUCCGUCUCCGUCUCCGGCGUCUCCGCCGCCGCCGCCGCCGCUGCCAGAGAAGGUCCGAGACCGCGAGAGGGAGCGAGUCGCCUCGCCGGCCGGCGGCAGCCCGCAGCGGCCGGCCUCGCCGCCCCCGGCGCGCCGGCCGCCGGCGCGUGCCGCCGCUCUCUCGCCGCCUCCGCACCGCUCGACACGAUCUCCUCGCUCAGACGCCUCCUGCGCCGACGCCGAGCUGGAGCUCAUCUCCCCGUCCCGCAUCCUGUCCGGCUCCUGUGACUCCUGUCCGCCGUCGCCGGCCGGCGCCGCCCGGUCGCCGCCGCCUGCUGCCGCCGCCACGGCGUCCUGUGAGUACCGGUGGCCGCCCGCGGUGGCCGGCCCGCCGGCGCGGUCGCCCGGCGCCACCUGCCGACCGGCCGGCCGGCCGCUCUGUGAGCCGUACCGUAUGUGUGUGCACGCCUAGCGCCGGCCACUGAGGCCGGUGGCAUCUCUGGUGCCGAGCUCGUAGAUGUAGAUGAAUAUGUGUCUUGCUCGUUGCUGAUUUGAGAGCGUCGAUUGAAAUGUGUGGAUUCCUUGCCGCUGUGAUAUAAUCGUAAUCCGUCUGUGAUAGGGGGAUAUAGUCCUGUGAUAGAGGGGUCGGCAGUGCCGACUGGCUGUGGCUGGCGGGCGCCGAGAUGUGCACCGAUCAGAGCCAAUAAACGUCUGGGUGUGA